CGGAGAUGGUCAUGACCAGCUGGGAAGGAAAUUGAAGUUUACUCAAAGGCUAAACAUAGCCAUAGAUGUGGCUUUUGCACUGGAUUAUCUACAUAAUGACUGCGAAACGUCAAUCAUUCAUCGAGAUUUAAAGCCGAGCAACAUUCUUCUUGAUGAUGACAUGACUGCUCAUGUGGGCGAUUUUGGGCUGGCUAGGUUCUUAUCUGAGGUUGCUCAAACUAGCUCAGUUGGAAUGAAGGGAUCUAUUGGAUACAUCGCUCCAGAGUAUGCAAUGGGCAGUAAAGCAUCUACACAAGGAGAUGUUUACAGCUAUAGAAUCCUUCUAUUGGAGAUGAUCAUUGGAAAGGGGCCAACUGAUGAUAUGUUUAAGGACAAUCUAAGCCUUCAUCAUUUUGCUAAGUUGGCUUUGCCUGAACAAGUAAUGGAGAUUGUUGAUCCACAAUUGCUCAUGGAAGAAGCUGAAGUUAUUCAACACAAUGAAAAUCAUCUGGGUAGAAGAAAUAGAAUGCAUGAUUGCUUGCUUUCAAUGGUCAAAAUUGGUGUUUUGUGCUCUGCGGAAUCUCCAAGAGAACGAAUGUGGAUGAAAGAUGUUGUUGCAGAAAUGCAUGCAAUCAAGGACUUGUAUCUUGGGGUCGGGAUUCACCGAGACAAACAAGUUAGGUAGCAAAUAUUAGAUGAAGGUUCUUCUUACCUUAGUCAUUACUAAAUUAUUAUUGGUAGUUAUGCUGAGAAAGAUUUCAAAAUAAAAUUUGUUUAAUAAAUUUCUAAACAAGCUCUAAAUAUAAUUAGAUUUGGCAUAAGAGUGUGCUUGUAUUGAUAUUGAUUGUAUGAAAAGACCUGUUUCUUUUUCUUUGUUUUAUCUUGUAUUGGACAAAGGGUGAUUGUAUCAUGAAUUUAAUAAGAAAAAGUCAUGAUCUUAUUAU